AUGACUCCUAAUGAUGAGGAAAGUGAGCAGCAGCUCCUCUGUCACAGCUCUAAAGGAGCUGAGAGUGAAGAUGAGGAAGGAGACGAGCAAGGAGACUCAACAUCAACUGGAGAAGCAGAGCCAGAACAACAGAGUCAACAUGACGCAAGCAACACUCACACUAACCAUGUAGACAACCCCAGCUUGUCAGAGAUUGAUCAUAACACUUGCACAGGUAAAACAUCUUUUAAAUGUGACACUUGUGGGAAAGUAUUCAAGUUUAAGUCUCGGUUAAAUUCACACCUGAAAAUCCACACAGGAGAGAAGCCGUUUUGUUGUAAUACAUGUGGGAAAACAUUCAAUCGAAUGUCAACUCUGAAAACUCAUAAAAGAAUCCACACAGGUGAGAAGCCGUAUUGUUGCAACACAUGUGGAAAAGAUUUCCGAUAUAAGAGCCACUUGAUUGGCCACAUGACAACCCACACAGGUGAGAAGCCAUUUUCUUGCAACACAUGUGGUAAAACAUUCAGUCAUAUGUCAGCUCUAAACACUCACAACAGAGUCCACACAGGUGAGAAGCCGUAUUGUUGCAACACCUGUGGGAAAAGAUUCAGUCAAAAGGUAACACUGAACAUUCACAACAGAGUCCACACAGGUGAGAAGCCAUAUUGCUGCAAAAAAUGUGGAAAGGAUUUCCGAGACAUUAGUCAUUUGACCAGCCACAUGAGAACCCACACAGGUGAGAAGCCGUUUAAAUGCGAUACAUGUGGGAGAUCUUUUACACAUAGAGAUCACUUGAAACACCAUCUGACAACCCACACAGGCGAGAAGCCAUAUUCUUGCAGCAUCUGUGGGAAACGAUUCUCUCUGGCAUGGGCCUUGAAAACUCACACAAGAAUCCACACAGGUGAGAAGCCGUAUCCUUGCAAGACGUGUGGAGAAGCUUUUGGACGCAGUCGGAAUUUGUUAGUCCACGUAAGAAGAGCCCACACCGGUGAGAAGCCAUACCUUUGCAAGAUCUGCGGGAAAAGCUACUUUGAUGCAUCUCAAUUGGCAUGUCAUAUAAAAUCACAUACAGCCAAGUAGUUUUGCAUUUCAAGAUAUGUAGGAGAUGAUUCAGAUUCUCGUGGUUCAUGGUCAAAACAUACUUGAAAAAACACCUGACACCUCCUCCCAGCUAACCUUUUUGUUUUGUCUGCAACAUUUUAUUUGAGAAUUUUAUAUAUUAUGUAAUUGCAUCAAUGCAGUUUUUUGUGUUUGGAGGUUUUUGAGGUGACCAGAAACAAAAACUGAGAUUACGAACUCCAUGGUGCUGGAUAUGAAUAGCGAAUGAAUAAUAAUGAUCUUUACCCAAACGGAUGUAUGCUACAUGUUUUUUUAAUCUGAUGUUAUUAGUACUGAUAAAGAGGCUAGCAGUGGGACAGUUUUUCAGGAGCUAGAGUUUUGUAAUAGCCUUUUUACUUGCUGCCAGCAGGAUCUUUAGGAAACAGAUAUUAUCUUAACUUAGUCCAUCAGGGAUGUGUCCAAGAAUAAAAAAGGAUGUGAAUGUUGCACUAAUAAUAAAAUUAUUCUCUUGGCAUUCAA